AUGCGCCGUCUCAAAGAGAAGCAGCUCGAGCGGCUCGCACUAAAAGAGAAGGCGCAAAUUAUAGGCAAAUACGGGCCAUUAAGCGUCUAUGACACCAGAGUUAGGGUGGCGAAAGACGAAUACAAUAGACGCGCCGCUCGGGAAGAUGAAGAUUGCCGUUUAAGAAGAAAGGAUGCACGCGCCGAGGCAGCUUUCCUACGACGAUGGAUUCGUGAUGUUCGCGCAGUUGUUCGGAAUAGCAUCACGAAAACGACGAUUAAGCGCGCCUGGCAGCAAGGCGGCUGGAGCAAGGCCGACCGCCGCGCUCAUCUUGAUCACACAGAGUGGCUUUGCGACCGUUAUCUUAUGCUUCGUCAACUCCGCGAUAUUCGUGGCGAUAGCUUCAUUGCUGGGCCUUGUGCCUGGCCACAAGACUUCAAUGACGAGAUCGUUCGCGAUAGCAUCACAUUUAUGCUCCAAGAGGCAACUGACGGAGCUGCCAGCCGCCGAGCGCUUGCACAAGAGGCAGACGGCCUCGAAUUUACAGCUAUUGAUGCUGACGGCGAUGGCCGCAAGGAAGACGAAGUUAACGAUACAAUUGUGUGUGCCUCGUGGCGCGGCGAUGAUGAGAUUCCCGAUAAUUAG